GAACACAACAAAUCGUACACUUUUACUCCACUCCAGCUCAUCACCAACCUCGAUACCAAGCUACUAGCACAGCCAUACCUAGAUAUCUGCACCUAUACGACUUCGCAGCCACCGCGGCCACCGCCGUCACCGGUCUUCCUGCACCUCCUCCACUUUACCAUCGACCCAAUACACAUCGCGACAAAGGCGGUGCUGUUAAUAAGGGUUGGUCGAUCCCCCGGUCCAGCGGAAUGGGUCUAUUCAAGAGCGCUUGGGAUCGGGACUUCCUGAUUACUGUAAUCGCAGUAGUUGGCAUAGCCAGUAUAAGUCUGGCAUUGGUUUGGGGCUCUCCCUGUCCUGAGGCCUCUCCUAUAACGCAAAAUAAUAGCACCGGCCGUACGGGUGAUAUUACAGCGAGUCACGACAUUGGCUCUGCUUCCACUGGCAUCGACGGGAAGCCGCCUUCGUCAUGACCGUGCUACUAUGGCUCACCAUGGCCGUGGUGCUAUGGAUAAGCACGCCCGUAUGAUAUCUCCUGUCCAGCUGCAAACUAAUGCCAACUGACUGUCCCUUAGGAGAAAAGAAAAGCUUAUAUCUG